AUGGACCAACAAGCAUCGGCGGCGGCGCCGGCGAGUUAUGUAGAGUGGGAGCUUUGCAACGACGAUGGAUUUGUUUACAAGCGAAUGAAAUGCGGCGGCGAGGAAACUACCGCCGGUGAAGCUUCUAAUUCGGCGGUUCCGGAGGUGAAUCCGGCGGAGGAAGAGAGAAAUCGAAGGAAGCGUAAGAGGAAGAUACUUGAGAAGCUCAAGAGAAAGUACCAGAGAGAAAUCGAUCACUGGGAGAUUUUGUCGAACAACUUGUGCGCAUUGCAAGAAAAAUCAAAUCAGUUUCAAUCGUCGCUUCCGGAAUCUUCUUCUUCGAUUGAAACUCGAGAGCAGAUCGAGAAAGAUGCUUUCUCGCUACCGUCUUUCAUCGACGAACUUCUCUCAACGGAAGAAGCAAGAGAAGGGAUCAUCCAAAAUGUAUCAAGCGUAUGUGAAAUUGCAGAAGAAGCGUGUAGAAAAGAGGAAGAAGAAGAGAAAGAGAUGUUCUUUAAUCUUCCUGUUUGGGGAUCUCCAAAAGAUUUAAUGGCGUCGCUUUGUGAUGGUGAUGAGAUCUAA